AUGGGGAAACGCGGAGAAGCGGAACAUAAAUUGCCGCGGAACGUCAUCCCACUCAAAUGGUUGCAAUUUCCCACGGAAACCCUCAACCCUGCCAACAUCAUGGUGAAACACGCUCCGUCUAAGCCGCGGCGGGCUGCGCAGGCGUGUUUCCGCUGCGAUACUGGGCAACCGACAUGUUCCAACUGCAAGACAUACGCGCAAGAUUGCAAAUACGUAUCCGGGCCGGAGAGACCGAGGCCAACAAAUGCCCGGCUCUCGCAACUCGAAGCCGAGAAUGAACAGCUCCGACAACAACUAGGUCGUGAACAUCCAGUCUCUGAUGAUCGCGCUGGAACCUCGCAUAGGAGUCCAUCUGCGCAAAGCUCGUCUCAACCCCAGGAACAGACUCCGAACCAGCAUCCGGUGAUUUCCAAUUCGGUAAACGCCGACGGUUCUCAGUCGGCCGUAUCAAGAAUAUUCAUAUCACCCAAUGGUGACUCAAGCUACCAUGGGCUUACCAGCACGCUAUUUGAUGAUGCGCCAACAGAUCGACAUGGUCAUCCUCGAUCCGCAGAUCCCCAGGUGCCGUUGGAGCACACACGCAAGCAGCUGAUGGGGGAAGCCGCUUAUCAAAGGCAGCUUGAGGGGUUGAACAUGCAACAUGGCAAGUUGGACUUUGAUGGUGUUGACCCAGAGCUCGGGAUGCAUCUACUCGACCUCCAUUGGAAUCGUCAGCAUCAUUCAUUCUUGAUCACAUACCGGCCCGCUUUUAUGCGAGAUAUGGCCACCGGAGGUCCAUAUUUCUCAAAGCUUCUGCUAAAUGCAAUUUAUUUCGGGGCGUCAAAAUUUAGCAAUCGCCCAGACGUUCGCCGUGAUCCCGAUGACGUCCGCACCGCAGGAUGGACAUUUCGUCAGAGAGUCAAGGAACUACUGGGUGGGGCCUUGGAUCGAAGCGAAAUAACCACAAUCCAGGCUUUGCUGGUGAUGACAAGUUCUCUGUUCGCUCUAGGAGAUGAGCGCAGUGCCGCAUGGCUCUAUGCCGGAACGGCGUUCAGGAUGAUAAUUGAUCUUGGCAUGCACGUCGAUGCCACAAUGCUCAGCAAUAUGCGACGCUUAUCAGAUGAAGAUAUUGAGAUUCGACGCCGAGUCUUCUGGGGUGCUUUUGUUGUCGACAAAAUCCAAUCGCUAUACCAAGGACGCCCUACGAGUCUACAAGAUUUUGAUACAAAUGUUUCGCUUACCUUCCUCGAUCAUUAUGAAGAGCUGGAAAAUUGGAAGCCGUUCGCUUAUACUAAUGUGCAGUCAUAUCCAGGUUCGCCGGCAUACAGUGUCUCCACAUUUACUGAACUCUGCAAACUGUCCCUGAUUCUCAACGGGAUCUUGAACAAAGUUUACUCCGAGAGAAGCUCAAAUCGGUCUCCAGAAGAGCUUCUGAGUACCCUGAGAGACCUGGAUGCCAAGUUAGAUGGAUGGCACAAGGCCCUCCCUGAUUCCUUGCGCUUUGGAAACUCUGUGACAGAGGUUGCUCCACCGCCUCAUGUUCUUUCUCUUUUAGCACUCUACAAUGUUUUGCUUAUUCUUCUGCACCGACCCUUCGUGGCUGAAGGCCACCUGCACACCACGGAGCCAUCGAUUGCUAUCAGCUCAUUUACAACGUGUACCGCAGCUGCAGCUCGCAUUGUCAAAAUCCUUCAAGCCUAUGAUCACGCAUUCUCCAUUAUGCGUGCCCCUUAUCUGAUAUCAUAUGCGACCUACGUUGCUGCGACAAUUUAUGUUCGAGUUGCAGCUCAACAAAGAGGCGGAAGCAGAGCCCAUUCAUGCCUUCGAACUUGUCUCGAGAUUUUCCAAAAGAACCAAGAGACCAAUUGGGCCGUCCGUCGUGCCAAAAAUGUCAUAUUGCAUCUAAUGGACCGAAUGGAAGUUGACAUCGGUAGCCGCGACCGCCCACGUGUCGACGCUCAGCUGUAUCAAGAUAAACAGGGACAGUUGGAAGAUCUGCACCAGCAUCUUCAGCUCGAUACUGAGGCUCUUGACUCAGAUGACAUCCCGAUGCAAUGGACACCACCGGAGACUGAGGCAUCUGAACUGGAUAUGGACAUGAUAAUUCAAAGUUUCAUUCGACAGAACACAAGGCAGAAUGAAAGCCAAAAUUUUGUCGACUCUUACAAUGCUUCAGAUACCCACGACUAUCAACCGGCACCGGGCGAGCUUGCGUCAAUGAUGCUGACAGGCCACAAUGGCUCUUACUUUGAUGCGCAAACUGACGAUGACAUGCUAUUUGGGUUUAAUGGUUCUAUUCAAGAUAGUUUACUGUACCACUAG